ACUGGAAACACCACCUGCAGUUUUCCAUUAACUGCCACUGUUCAGAGAAACACAAGCCAGUCCAAGAAGCAGCCAUGUGGAUCAUCUGCCUACUGAUCCCGGCUGUUUGGGGAGGGACAGAACUUCUGAAGAACGCUGACUUCGAGAACCCACACUUCAGCAGCACCGACUGGUACGCCAUGGCCGGCACCAUCUCAGCGACAUCCGACGCCUACCACGGCCAUACGGCGGCUAAAAUCUCAAAAAGGUAUCAUGACUAUGGGUCACUAAAUCAGUUCGUCACGGUCAAGAAAGGUCACCGGUACUUCUUCUGGGCGUACGUCAAGAUACUCAAUUAUGCAAGUGGAACGGAUAAAGAGACUGUGUCUGCAGGGAUUGCAGUGAAGGAGAGAAGCAGCGGCAAGACGCAUUAUCUUGGAUUUGGCAGCACACCGUAUAUACAGACAAACCAGUGGCACAUCAUUGGAGGGGACACCGAAAUAACCAAUGUUGAUAUAUCUGAGGCGCGUGUCUACAUCCGACCUUCAGACCAGAGUGUCGACUUCAUCGUGGACUACGCCAGUUUGCAGGAAGUUUACCCUCUGUCUGGUUUCCCUGGCGACGCCAACAAGAGGAUCGAUAGCGUCCGGAAAGGAGACCUUACGAUCAGGCUUGAUGAUCAUUCAGUAGAACCCAGUGGACUCACCGUGGAGGUGCAGGAGAUGACAGGUUUGUUCGCAUUCGGAUCAGCUGUGAACGCCGGUGCAUUCGUGGACCCCCGCUUCAAAGGGUACCAGGACUACUUCUACAAGAACUUCAACUGGGCCGUCAUUGAAAACGACCUCAAAUGGACCAAUAUGGAGCCACAGAGGGGUCACAUCGACUACAACACUGCAAUGAACGCCAUAGACGCAUUGCUGCAUCACGGGAUCAAAGUUCGAGGUCACAAUAUCUUCUGGGAGUCGAACUCGCCGGCCUGGGUUAACCACCUAUCUGGACAAGCUUUACGUCAGGCAAUGGAGAAACGCAUGAAUGACGUUGUUGGACAUUACAAGGGAAAAUUGCAGCACUGGGAUGUCGACAACGAGGCUCUAAGCGGUGACACCCUUGUACGCCAUUCCGGAGACAGGAACCUCACCAUGUGGAUGUUCAGAGAGGUCCACAAGAUCGACCCUAACGUCAAGCUGUUCUUGAACGACCACGAAAUUGUGAACUACAACAAACAUACCGUGGCUUUAGAAGACCAGGCUGUGUACUACAAGGCAGCGGGAGUGCCUCUUUCAGGAAUAGGCAUACAGAGUCACGUCCGGCACCCUAUAGACCUGGCGGCGAUCUGGGCUCGGCUGGACGAGGUGGCCCGGGCUGGACUGCCCAUCUGGAUCACCGAGAUGACCAUAGAGGGGGUGCCAGAGAAGGACAAGCCGCAGAUGUUUGACGACUUGUUGCGCCUCUACUUCAGCCACCACGCCGUUCAGGGCGUGUUGUUGUGGGGCUUCUGGAGCCAGAGGAUGUCCCGACCCGAGUCAGCUCUGUGUACUGGGUCUGACUGCACGGUAAAUGACAGCGGGAGGCGUGUGAGUCAUCUGGUACAGACAGAAUGGAAGACCCACGAAACCCACUCCAUCAUGAAAGGUCAAACAGUCCGCAUCCGGGGAUUUAAAGGAAGCUACGUGUUGCGCGUGAAGCAUCAUGGCCACACGAUUCACGAGGAGACAUUCUAUCUGGGCUACCAGGGCACGGACCUCAAAGUGUCACUCACUGGAUCCAAUUCCAGCCCGCACGUUGACCAGAUCCUGGUGGGGUGACCACAGCCAGCAUACCUUCGGGAGUUUCUCUUUGUAUUGACGAAAUAAACAUGUUGACAACGGGAAAA